AGGGGUGGGCACUUCAGCAAAAGCCGUUCAGGGAUUGGUCAGAGACUGAGGGGCGUGGUCUUGAGGGGGCGGGGCUGGAGACCUGCGGCGUUGAGCGUUCCGCUGAGGUGGUGGCGGCUGCCAGACCCAUUGAGGGAGCGGGUAUUCGGGUCCCACCCCCCCGACUCCGACCUCGGGACUAGACGCCUGGGCGGCGUCGAGGGCCCGUGCGGCGUCGGGGUGAGGCACCAUCCACCUAGUGAGGACCAAGAAGAGCGGGCGCCCCGCCCCUCGCUUUCUUCCUGAACCGCGCCUCGCGGAGCCUCCCCCACUGCCGACCCCGCGUCCCGCGCGGGGUUGAGCUGGGGGCUCCCGAGCGUGCGGGACGCGGGCUGCGCGCGCUGCUCGGCCUGCCAGUCUGGAGCCUCCGAGGGGCCCCUGAGUCCGGGGCCGGGCCCCUCCUCGCCCGCGUGUCCACGCAGACGCCAUGGCCGAGCCCCUGAAGGAGGACGACGGUGAGGACGGCUCCGGGGAGCCCCCCGGGCCGGUGAAGGCGGAACCCACUGGCACCGCCGCCUCGGUGGCUGCCAAGAACCUGGCCCUGCUGAAGGCGCGGUCCUUCGACGUGACCUUCGACGUGGGGGACGAGUACGAGAUCAUCGAGACCAUUGGCAACGGGGCCUACGGGGUGGUGUCCUCCGCGCGCCGCCGCCUCACCGGCCAGCAGGUGGCCAUUAAGAAGAUCCCUAAUGCUUUUGACGUGGUGACCAAUGCCAAGCGGACCCUCAGAGAGCUGAAGAUCCUCAAGCAUUUCAAGCACGACAACAUCAUUGCCAUAAAGGACAUCCUGAGGCCCACUGUACCCUAUGGCGAGUUCAAAUCUGUCUACGUGGUCCUGGACCUGAUGGAGAGCGACCUGCACCAGAUCAUCCACUCCUCACAGCCGCUGACACUGGAGCAUGUGCGCUACUUCCUGUACCAGCUGCUGCGGGGCCUCAAGUACAUGCACUCGGCUCAGGUCAUCCACCGCGACCUCAAGCCCUCCAACCUGCUGGUGAACGAGAACUGCGAGCUCAAGAUUGGGGACUUUGGCAUGGCCCGUGGCCUGUGCACCUCGCCCGCUGAGCACCAGUACUUCAUGACCGAGUAUGUGGCCACGCGCUGGUACCGUGCCCCUGAGCUCAUGCUCUCGCUGCACGAGUACACGCAGGCCAUCGACCUGUGGUCCGUGGGCUGCAUCUUUGGGGAGAUGCUGGCCCGGCGCCAACUCUUCCCAGGCAAAAACUAUGUGCACCAGCUGCAGCUGAUCAUGACGGUGCUGGGUACCCCGUCGCCGGCCGUGAUUCAGGCUGUGGGAGCUGAGAGGGUGCGGGCCUAUAUCCAGAGCCUGCCACCACGCCAGCCUGUGCCCUGGGAGACGGUGUACCCGGGCGCCGACCGCCAGGCGCUCUCCCUACUGGGGCGCAUGCUACGUUUCGAGCCCAGCGCCCGUGUCUCUGCAGCUGCUGCCCUCCGCCACCCCUUCCUGGCCAAGUACCAUGACCCCGACGACGAGCCUGACUGUGCCCCGCCCUUUGACUUUGCCUUUGACCGUGAAGCCCUCACACGGGAGCGCAUUAAGGAGGCCAUUGUGGCGGAGAUCGAGGACUUCCAUGCACGGCGCGAGGGCAUCCGCCAGCAGAUCCGCUUCCAGCCUUCCUUGCAGCCUGUGGCCAGUGAGCCCGGCUGCCCCGACGUGGAAAUGCCCAGCCCCUGGGCUCCGAGUGGGGACUGCGCCAUGGAGUCCCCUCCGCCAGCCCCACUGCAGUGCCCCGGCCCUGCGCCCGACACCAUCGAUCUGACCCUGCAGCCGCCCCCACCAGCCAGUGAACCAGCCCCUCCAAAGAAGGAGGGGGCCAUCUCAGACAACACCAAGGCUGCCCUCAAGGCUGCCUUGCUCAAGUCCUUGCGGAGCCGGCUCCGAGAUGGCCCCAGUGCCCCCCUGGAAGCUCCUGAGCCUCGGAAGCCGGUGACUGCUCAGGAGCGCCAGCGGGAGCGGGAGGAGAAACGCCGACGGCGGCAGGAGCGGGCCAAGGAGCGAGAGAAGAGGCGGCAGGAGCGGGAGCGCAAGGAGCGGGGCACGGGGGUCUCGGGGGGCCCCUCCGCUGACCCCCUGGCUGGGCUGGUGCUCAGCGACAACGACCGCAGCCUGCUGGAGCGUUGGACUCGCAUGGCCCAGCCCCCUGCCCCCGCCCCCACCACAGCCCGGCCCCCCAGCCCUCCCGCUGGCCCUGCCACUCAGCCCACUGGGCCCCUGCCACAGCCGGCCUGCCCACCCCCUGCACCUGCAGCUGGCCCUGCUGCUCCCCAGACCACCGCCGCCUCUGGCCUUCUGGCCCCCCAGCCGCUGGUGCCGCCCCCUGGGCUGCCCGGCCCCAGUGCCCUGAGUGUUCUCCCUUACUUCCCCUCUGGCCCACCCCCUCCAGACCCCGGGGGGGCCCCACAGCCCUCCACAUCGGAGUCACCUGAUGUCACCCUGGUGACCCAGCAGCUGUCCAAGUCACAGGUGGAGGACCCUUUGCCCCCCGUGUUCUCGGGCACCCCCAAGGGCAGUGGAGCUGGCUAUGGUGUUGGCUUUGACCUGGAGGAAUUCCUAAACCAGUCUUUUGACAUGGGUGUGGCUGAUGGGCCACAAGACGGCCAGGCAGACUCAGCCUCGCUCUCAGCCUCCCUGCUCGCUGACUGGCUCGAGGGCCACGGCAUGAACCCUGCUGACAUCGAGUCCCUGCAGCGUGAGAUCCAGAUGGAUUCCCCCAUGCUGCUGGCCGACCUGCCCGACCUCCAAGAGCCCUGAGGCCCGCAGUCCAUGCCUUGCUGCCAGGGGCAGACCCAGCUCCGAGAUCUGCAGGACCGUCCCCAAGGGCCGGAGCCCUGCGCCCUGUCGGGGAAUCAGCUCAGAUCAUUCUGCAGCUUCAUCUCAGACCCACCCUGUGGCCUUAAGCAGCCACCUGAGCCAGCACAAGCCACACCAAGAGGGGAAGCCCCUCCCCCGAGCGAUUCUUUUCAGUAUCGUAAUUUUAUUAUUAUUAUUAUUACAUUAUUAUAAUGACACAGUUUUUUUGCCCUCAGAAGGUUGCUUGUGAAAUACAAGGUCUCCUCUAC